CAGUGGGAAAACGCGUGACAGAGCGACAUUGCCAAAAAUUCAAAUAUACAACUAUGAAAUGGGAGGUGUAUUUAUUAAUAAUGUACAUAUUUAGCUGGAGUGUAAUUUAUAUAUGUUUUGUUGAUGAUUAGCCCGAAUUUUAACUCCUGGAUUUGCUGAACUGAACGUGUGAGAGAGAAGCAAAUUUGUUCUUGUGAAUGCGGUAACCGUGGAAUUUGGAAUUUAGUUGGUGAUAAGGUGUAAGAAGAGCAGAUUAUGAUGAAGAGGUGCGGUUUUCAGUGUGUUGUUGUGUGGGACCGUUUCUCCGAGUGGUGACAGCCGAGGCGACAGCCUGGUUGGACUUUAACUGGAAUAGAAUAGAAUGGAUAGAAGCUGUGCAGCAUGUAGUAGCUGUUGGGCUACUCAGUGGAUGACAUUCAGCACUCAUCUGGAGCUACAAUUUUUAUUUUCAUUGAGGUGAGUUGUAUGGUUUUAAGGAUCCUGUCAUUGGUGCUCUGUCUGCAUUUUUAUAGGAUUUAUGUUUUGGGUUGAAUACAGUCAAGGGUGAUAGAGCAUAUUGAUAUUUGGGGGCUGUGCUGGUAUAAGAUAUUGAUGAUUGGGUAGAAGGCAAACUGAAGCAAAGGGGCAUUUUGGCAUUUGGGUUUGCCUUGUUAUCGAUUUUAAUGAACUGGGUUGAGGGAAAUUUGAGACAAGAGGGAUUGUUGGCAUCUGGGUUUGUAUUGUUGUAGAGUUUUGUGAUCUGGGUUAAAGGCAAUUAGGGGCAAUAAUGCCUAUUGGUGUUUGGGUUUGCAAAAUCAGGGGCAAUGGGGUCUAAUGAUGUUUGGGUUUUCCUUUGGUGAUUGUUAGCAACUGGGUUUCGAAUUGAAGUCCUUGAAUCCAGUGCAAGGAUCCAUGAAAAAUUAGGGCUUGGGUCUAGCUCAAAUGUCAUAACGCAGUUAGAGCUGUUGUAGAUAGUUGUUGGAGAAUCGAGGACAAUUAUUUCUGGAAAUCAAUCAGAAAGUAGUUUGUGUCAGGGAGCAGUGGGUAGCUACGUACAAGUCUGUUGAUAUUUUUGGCCAUCUGCGCUUUUGUGGAUGAUGAUCUGUUGACAGAGUGGACCCAGUUCUGGAACAAGCCCCUUGAAAUCAAAGGGAUUCACAGGACAGAGGAGAGAAUAAGGAGGAAAAGCUUAAGAAAUACCUAAAAAUUAUGGCUAGGAUGGGCAACCUGGUCAUUCUUGUGCUAUGUCUUUUGGGUUUCCUAGUUGCACAGAAUAGAGCUGCUUACACUCCAGUAGACAAUUACUUGAUUGAUUGCGGAGCUUCACAGAAAACCACAGUUGAUGGUAGGGACUUCCAGUCUGAUUCUCAAUCAAGCUCCCUUCUUUCCACAAGCCAGGCAAUCCUGGUCACCACGGCAAGUGCAUCUGUUCCUUCAGAUCUCUACUUGACAGCUAGGGUGUUUGUCAAGCAAUCCUCAUACACCUUCAAUAUUCAGCAGGAGGGCCGGCAUUGGGUACGCUUGUAUUUCUAUCCUGUUCCACAUCCCGUUUAUGAUCUCAAAUCAGCACUUUUCUCUGUGACUACAGAGAAGUUUGUUCUUUUGCACAACUUUAGCAUGAAGGUAGAUGCUACGGCCAGUACAUAUUUAUUCAAGGAGUACCUGAUCAAUGUGACAUCUGAUAGCUUGACUCUUACCUUCGCUCCCAUGAACAGUUCAAUUGCAUUCAUAAAUGCCAUCGAAGUUGUUUCAGUCCCAGAUUUGCUGACCUCUAAUGUGCCAAUGGUUUUAUCCCCUUUGGGUUCUUUCACUGGCUUACCUGAAAUUGCAUUGGAGACAACAUACAGGCUCAAUGUGGGAGGUCAAAAACUCACACCUAAGAAUGAUACUCUUGGUAGAACAUGGGCUUCUGAUCAGAGCUACUUGUCUCUUAACAGUUCUGCUCAAAAUAUUAGUGUCCCUGCCAGCAGCAUCAACUACCCUUCAAGUGGAACAGUCACGGCAGAGAUUGCCCCAAAUUAUGUAUAUGCCACAGCUGAAGAGAUGGGAAAUGCAAAUGUGUCUAACGAGAACUUUAAUAUUACCUGGGCUUUUUCAGUGGAUCCAGAUUUCUCUUAUUUUGUUCGGAUGCACUUUUGUGAUAUUGUGAGUAAAGCCCUUAAUGAGUUUGUAUUUAAUGUUUUUAUCAAUUCCCAAACAGCCAUCAACAAUUUGGAUCUUUCUUCCAAAACAUCGCAAUUGGCUACUGCAUAUUACACAGACUUUGUGGUCAAUGGUACUGGAUCCAGCAAGUUGACUGUUAGCAUUGGCCCUAGUAGUUUGGAUAACGGAGGAAGCAAUGCCAUCCUCAAUGGUUUGGAGAUUAUGAAAAUGAGCAACGAAGCUGGAAGCCUUGAUGGCCCUUAUUCUGUUGAUGGUAUCAUUCCUGGUGCAUCCAAAAGCAGCACAAAGGUAGGCCCUAUUGUAGGAUCAGUAGUGGGAGCUGCUGCCGCACUUGUACUCUUGGCAGGUGGCUAUUAUUGCUUUUUGCGUGCUCCAAAGUCCAAGUCGAAACAUUCUCCUCCUGCAUGGUUGCCUCUUCCAUUGCAUGGAGGAAAUUCUCAUAGUAUGGGCAGUAAAGUUUCAACGAUAUCCCAUAAGAGUGGCACUGGGAGCUAUGUAUCCUCUGCACAAUCAAACCUUGGUCGAUACUUCACAUUUGCUGAGAUUCAGGAAGCGACAAAUAAAUUUGAUGAGAGUCUGCUUCUGGGGGUUGGUGGGUUUGGCAAGGUAUAUCAGGGGCAGCUAGAAGAUGGAACUAAAGUGGCUGUUAAGCGAGGUAAUCCAAGAUCUGAGCAAGGUCUCACUGAAUUUCAAACGGAGAUUGAGAUGCUGUCAAAGCUUCGCCAUCGUCAUCUUGUCUCUCUGAUUGGUUACUGUGAGGAGCAUUGCGAGAUGAUUCUGGUUUAUGAAUACAUGGCUAAUGGACCUCUUCGUAGUCAUUUGUAUGGGUCAAAUCUUCCCUCACUUUCCUGGAAACAGAGGCUUGAAGUAUGCAUAGGAGCUGCAAGGGGUCUUCACUACCUUCAUACUGGAGCAGCCCAAGGUAUCAUUCAUCGUGAUGUAAAGACCACAAAUAUUUUACUGGAUGAGAAUCUGGUUGCUAAGGUCGCAGACUUUGGCCUUUCAAAGACUGGACCCACUCUGGAUCAGACACAUGUAAGUACUGCAGUAAAAGGUAGUUUUGGGUAUCUUGAUCCCGAGUAUUUUAGAAGGCAGCAACUGACAGAGAAAUCUGACGUGUAUUCAUUUGGAGUCGUGCUGUUGGAGGUCCUAUGUGCAAGACCAGCUCUUAAUCCAGUUCUUCCUAGAGAGCAAGUUAAUAUAGCAGAGUGGGCAAUGCACUAUCAGAAAAAGGGCAUGCUUGACCAGAUAAUUGAUUCUCACCUUGCUGGCACCAUCAAUCCAGGCUCUCUAAAAAAGUUUGGAGAGACAGCUGAGAAGUGUUUGGAAGAGCAAGGCAUAGAUAGGCCUGCCAUGGGAGAUGUUCUAUGGAACCUGGAAUAUGCUUAUCAGCUUCAGGAGACAGCAAUGAGGAAUGACCCAGAUGAGAAUAGUACAAAUCAUAUUGCAGAGAUUCCCUUACGAUACACACAGCCCGAGCCUUUUGAUACAAGCAUCAUUGACAGGGGAAGUGAUGAUGAUUUAGCAGAUGCCACCACGAGUGCCGUAUUCUCACAGUUGGUGAAUCCUCGUGGAAGGUGAUGCAAAGAAAUUUAAUUUUAACAUCAAUCUUGAUGGAUGCAGGUUACUUUGUAAGCGACAUUUGUACCUGCCCAACUGCCACCAUAGGAAUGGCAGUUUCUGGUCCUUAUAUUCUUUGAGUGGCUUCAUGGCCCAGCUUCUUUGCUGCAAGAACUCAAGCUUUGCAAGGAGCUCUGUUCAUGCCAGUUGAUUUAUCAUGUGUUUUCUAUUGCUUGCCCGAUGUUUCAAAAUUAUAUUAUUUGACUUUUUAAGUAGUUAUUUUGCCACAAUUAAUUGUUAUUAGACUUUCCAUUCGUGUAAUGCUUUGAAAUUGCUGUGGGAAUUGUAAAAAAUCCCAUAUUUAAUUGGCAUUUCAUGUUUGGAAUUUAUAUUCUCUCUUCAGUGGCUGAGCCAAUGACUGUCCAUCAAAAUUUAUGUAGAUGGUAGAGAUUAUAGUUGAUUUUUCCUCAAUAAUGCCAGAUCGUAUACAUUAUAUUGUAUCUACAAAGGUCUGCAUCUACAUAGUUUAUCUUUUUUAUGUGAAAACAAGCAAAUUAUAAGUGUGAAAUAAACUUAGAUGCUUUCUGAA